CUGCGCCGUUUCAAGUGAUCGCUGCGAUAUUGAUCUUCGCCGCAACGGUAUCGGCUCUGAUCGGCCAUUGUUAUUCCGAUCACAGAACUCUUAUAGCUUGCGGACUCUUUCUUCUAAGUGGACUCUCCUUAGGCGGCGGGUUGAUAGUUUUAGCAUCAGCAUUGUCGGACGCAUCACUAGAGUUAUCGGGGAAAUAUAGUUUGCCAUCCACGGCCGGCAUGCAAAUGGAUGAUAACAGUCUACCUCAAUACCACUACGGCUGGUGCUUACAGCUUUCAGGAUUAGCGCUGAUGCUCGCGGAAGUGGCAGCCGUUUUAACGAUGUCCGGUUACAUGGCGCGGUUCUCUACGGUCGAGGAGAUGGUAAGAGUCAUGGUUCCAGGCGCUGAGAGAAAACUGAGGGAACAGAGAGGAUUCAGCUCGGAGUACCUCGUGAGGGCACAUCAAAAAUCACCGGGACUGCCGCAGGCUCGACCCUUUGGUCAACUAACAAAAACGCCUCAAAAAAUAGCUGAAGAAGGAACUUCAUUGCUCUGCAAGUCGGCACCCGAUAUUUGCGCAUCGAAUCCACAGGCCAUCAGUUACGUCGAUAAGGCAGAUCUAUCUCAUGUCUUGCCAGUGUACCCGGACGGCAAGAACAUCGAUCCGCGAUACAACUUCGAUAAGACAGAAGGCAGCGUUAUAGAUUCCCGACUGAGCGGUUUCACUGAUAAGGAAGGUUUCAUUGAUUCCCGGAUUCUCUCUGACUCUAAGCAGAACAUGAUCGCUUUUACAGACAGCAAGGAACUUGAUCAAGAGCAGCGGUAUACCGAUUUCUCUGCGAGAAACACUGAUCAAAAUAUUGUGGAUUCCAGACUAAGCGGUUUCGCCGACAAAGAAGGUCUUCUCGAUUCCAGAUUAAGCGGUUUCGUUGAUAAAAACGAGUCCUUAUUAGAUACUCCGUUCGGUUACGAUACCAGAUUCAGUAGUCUAGCCGGACAAACUGUCCCGAUUACGUUGAAGAAUCAAAAUGCCUCAGUGUCAGCCAUUCAAUCGCAAUAUAUAUAUCAAAACUUUGGAACGAUACACUCAGGUAUCCUUAAAGUAUCAGAACCUGGUACCAGUUCUAGCUCCAACUCCAGUCAACGUAGCAUGACCUUACAGAAUCCAAAACGGAACUCGCAAAUUGCUCAGAAUACCUUUAGCACGAUGGAAUGCGAAAAAAGAAAGCGAGCAUCCGGUUUAACUAGCAAGACGAGUUUUUAUACCGGAAGUGCUGUAUGACCACCACCACCGCCUCCGACCCCAAAGUAACUCUCAGAAGAGGACACUCCACUAUAGCCGGAUAGCUCAAUGUGACUUUCGAGUUGGGUUGGAGGAUAUACAUCACUGAUUACAAGCAAAAGAAGAAACAAAAAAACAAAUGGAAUUUUUUACAAACUGCAGAUCUCUGCCAUAUUUACAUUGCCAUCAACAAUAUAUUUAUCAAUGUACGAUAUAUAAAUGAAAAACCAUUCUUGAGUAUUUUGUACUAUCAGCGUUAUAGAUUCUUACUAGAAUUUCAAAAAAAUGACAAAGAAGAAACCAAAAUUGUAAUUAUUCCAUGAUAAUGCGAGCGAUGCCAUUAAUCAAGCAAUAUCAAUGUAAUUGGAUUUAAGUAAAAUCUUUCAUAAUUGGAUUGGAAUAGAAUCUAUAAAAGUACAAUUUAUGAGCAAGAGAAAGAAAACGCAAAUGUAAUUUUUUGUCGAUAACAUUAUAAACAACUUCAUUAAAU